AGUCUGUAUGUUGUGUUUUCCUGCUGCGGACUGCAGAUAUUUCCCCUCUGCUGAUGAGUUUAAUCACUCAGCCGAAACCUCACCUGAAUCACCGGAAGUGUUUUUGAGGGUUGGGAUUGUUUCUUCCCCGCCAGCUCGGACUUCUUUUACUCUUUCACGUUUCCUGAAAUGAGCUCAGCCACCAGCCGUCAGGUGUUUUGCUGUUGAUGAAAACGGAGAUAAGAGCGAGUGAAGUUACGCUGUUGAGACUCGGCCGGCUGUUUGUCCCGCCAGACAUUUUGUUGGAGGCAUCAAAGUCACAGAGGUAAAGGUCAUGUGACGUCAGGAUGCCUGGAUUCCCACCAGACCCGCCGCCCCCUUUAGGACAGCAUGGUGAUGCCGUCCCCACCACUGAAGGAAGUGAUGAUGUGCCUGCAGAGGAAGUGAGGGAUAUGGAGCUGUUUCUGGAUCUGUCAGAGUCUCCUUUUCUUCCCACCUCGUCUCCACUGGAGCUGAAUGAGGAGGAAACGCAGGAAGUGGACGGCAGCUGGAGCCGAGACGGAGACCUGCAGGGAUGUGGACAAUUGGAUAAGAGGUGGGUCCUCUGGCACCAGUUUAUGAAAGAACGCGCCCACCUGGACACCUGGCUGCGAUUGGCCGAGCAGGCUGUCAGUUCCUCUAACCCCGCCCACGUCACCUAUGUCACUGCCAAGGAAGAUCUGAGGAAGUUUGAGAGGCUGCGGUGCGAGGCGGGAUCUCGGCUCGUCCAGUUGGACGGUCUGACCCGGAGGAAUCGAACACUGACUCGGCAGUUUCAGGGCGCCAUGCAGGCUCGGCUGCUGGCGUCAGCGAGGGAGUGCGGGCAACGAUGGGACGAUGUGAACGCCAAACUGGAAUCCAUCACGGGACAGCUGAAGCAAUUUGUCUCAGAGUGGGAGGGGUUUGAGGCAGAGAGGGAGGAGCUUGCCCUCUGGUUGGCUGACCUGGACGUCCGUCUGACCGAGGUGGAUCAGCUGACAGGAAACACCUGCGAAAAGCUGAGGCGACUCCAGUCCUUCCAGCAGUGUGUGUGUGUGAACUCGGGCCGUGUGAACGCCCUGCUGCCACGCGGCGAGGCGUUGAUCCAGCGCAGCCAACCAACAGAUGCUCAGCACGUCGAGAGCCGGCUGCUGGAGCUGCUGCGGCGCUGCAGCCUCGUCUACAACAACAUCGCACGAACACACACCCGGCUGCUUAGCAUGAGACUGGUGUUUGAGGAUGACUGGAUUCUGUCUCAGGCCACAGACUCUGGUUGUCCUUCAGAGAGUCUACUAGAGGAAGAGGGUGCGCUUGAAAAAGCAAACCUAGACCUCCCUGUAAUUUCCAACCAUCCUAAAGACCCGGCCUCACCCGCUCACCUCCUUCCUUCUCCUGCCUCCUCGUCCUCGCCUACCCAUGAGCACCUGGGGCUGGAGUGGGACCCCUCAGUUGACAUCGGACGUUCUGUCUCCCGUGAUGACGCCGACUCGUCGUAUUUCAGCGCUGGUCUGUGUCACAGAGAUGGUCUGAAGAGGUGGAGCUACUUCAGCUCCCUCGGCUCUCAGUCUGAUAUCAGCAAUGACAAUCAGGAAUCAGAUUUGCGAUUGGAGGGAUGGCUUGACCACGCCCACCCCAGUGUCUUCUCACCAGUAGCAACCCAGGGGGGUGGGACUCGGCUGAAUGGAGACCAGUGGGCGACCUCGACUCCUGACAGACAGGACAGUGAGCCAGUCGGCUUUGACGGCGGGCGUGUGAGGGCGUGGCUGGGAGUCCAGUGCCCCGCCCCUCCAGAGAGGAGGACUUCCUGUUCCAAAGCUGUGCAGACUGACGGGGAGGUGAAGUGUUACCUGGAUGGAAGCCACAUCGACGCACCCAACAAGCUGCGUCCUCACCUCAACAAUAGCCAACGUCACCAUGACAACAGACAACAGCCUUUCCCUGCACCCUCCUCUUCACCGUCACACGACCCCAAGGCCUCGUCUGAUUGGAUGAAGCACCAGUAUCCAUCAAAUCUUCAGGCUGAAGAAGAGCAGUCCUCUCGCGAAGAAGCUGAGUGUCUUCUCUCCGAACAAAGUGUGACCUCCAGCAGCAGGGCCACUUCCUCCUUGCUCUCCCCAGCCCUCCUCUACCUCCUUCUGGCUGCAGCGCUGGCUCUCCUGGCCUGUCUGAUCUGGGUCAUCCUGGAGCCGCCGUGUCACCGCAGCAGCAGGAUGCCUCGUGGCUUCCACCUAGCACUGAGAUACGUCAACGGACCCCCGCCUACAUGAAGACCAUCCAGAGACUCUCAUGGACACAGUUUGGACAAAGCACUUUCCUCAGGCUCUACAGAACGGAGGUUAGCAACUCAUAAUGAAAUGUCAACAAUUUGUGCAAAUAACCCUCGAGCUUGACUCAAACAUCAAAGAUCUGUGACAGAAAUCUGCAGGGAAUGCAGGAGAAAAAGCUGGAUGAUAGGACUGAGUGUCAAAUAUGCUUCCGCAAUCCCCGAAACAGCAGUUCUGGGUGGUUUGGUUGGUUUCUGCCCAUUUUCCACAGUUCAUUUUCAUCAUUAUCCAUGUAGGUAACUACAAAAUUAGCUCCUUCACACGUUAAACUCAGGCUGCUUUAUUGUUUUCGUGCAACCCGUGUUUUAGGGGCGUAACUGUCAACGAUGGGCAUCAGUUAAUGGUUUUAACUAAAGCUGUUAGCGUUUUUCUCCUGAGGGUAAAAAAAAAAAAAAAAAAAAAAAAAAAAAACGCCAGUGAUGAGUCCUGAAAUAUCUGAAAGUCACUGUAAAAGGAAAUACAUUUCUCAUUAUUCAACCUUCAACACUUCAAAAUGUCUGGCCUGAAAAAAGUGAGACAAUCCCACCGUUUCUCUGUGCUGUUUACGUCAUUUUUCCUAGAACUUCCUAUAAAAAGUGGCAGAUUACUGCAUCAGCAUCAAGAAAACAUACUUUGAUUGUAUUGGAAACCGCUGAAAUAAUGUCAUAUACUUUUUUUCAUUUAAGAAAAAAGAUUAAGACUUGAGCAUAAAAGUUCAUCCUUGACCUUUGGGGAAAAAAAGUAAUUUGAAGUGGAAACGAGAGGUCUGAUGGCAGCUCAAACAGUUGAUAGUGAGUUGUGAUUAAAUUUUCCGUUUGCGUAAUAUUUUUAAACUCCUGAAAGCUGGAAAUAAUUUUAUAAUUCCUCUUUCUACCAAGACACCAAACCAAAUCAGUUACUGAUCACGUUACGUUUGAUACUGUAUAAGCUCCAUUUCUUUAUUUUGCUCCACACUCAGUAUCUUGCCCGUCAAGUCCAGCUUUCAGUUUGAGUUUAGUUCCUUCCUAGAUUCCUCAAUUAUGCCGUCCGUUAACCCGAUAUGUUAUCGUAGAUUCUAAAUAUAUCCUUGUCUCGUAGGUAACAUGAAAGCAUGUCUGAUGUCACCCGGUCGGAAAGUAUAUUUAUUCAGUUUUAUCCCAGAGUAGAAAAUCUUCCGGCCCGUGCCUUAAAAAAUAUAUAGCAGAAUGUAUGUAAAAUAACGGGAAGUAUAUGUAAUGAUAUAUCUUUAUGUACCUCUGAAAGUUUGGGUCAGAGAAAGCAUUCGUAACUGCCUUAUUUACCAGGCCGAUGCUACAUUAUUGUAGUAUCAGCUGGUUAAAUGUCCACACUAGCGCUGUGUUUAGUUCAGAGUUGUACAUCUGAUUGGGUUGGUUGUAAUUCCAGUGUUUAAGUACCCAAGCUUGAAAAAACCAAAGAGGAAACACAGAUGCCCCUUUUUGUCAGACGUAAAAGCCUGUUGCCACAGCAGCGGCUAGGCUGUAAGUGUGCACAUGUUGCUGGAAAGUUGAGGAUUAAUAAUACAAGUAUUUACACUAUUUGCUAAAAUGCUGUCAAAUAAACACAGCAGCCUAUAUCUUAGAAACACUGAUGGGGUGAAAUAUCAGAAAGUGUCUCACCCUGAAGUCUGUAGGGUUGUUUAUUUCUGUUUUUCCAGAUAGAAACAGCACUAGCGCUGUAGGCAGGUGAAGUCAACAUUCAGAAAACUCUUAGGACUCAUUAUUAUAUAAACAUUUAAUGAAGCAGAGUCUGAUAGUUAUAACAUUAGAAGAUUUACUGCCUUGCUUACAUAGGUUAUAUCUUUAAACUGCUAUCUGUGCUAAUGUAGCUAAAGUUAAUGUAAAGGAUGCAGCUAACAAGCUAGCUUUAUGCUUUUCCCUAAAUUACUGUAAUACUUUGUUUGACUGCCAUCCAUGUCAAAAUUACAGAGUAUUUUGUACCUAAUAUUAAUCACUAACUGCUUGUUACACCAUGAUAGCACUUGUAUUUAGAAUUCAUUGAGAUUUUUUGUAACAAAUUGUAUAUUCACAGUGCAAAAUGACUUAUAGGGAAAUGUACUGAAGUUAACGGCAGUCUGUACGGCUUUUCCAAAGGACAGUAAUUUCACCCAGACCAAAAUAAAAGCAUACACACGAUGGAUUACCUCUUUGCAGCCAGUCUCAAAGACACAGAGGCAUUUCCACGCCGAGUGUUUGCACAGGUGGAUGUGUUCACACGUGUGCAGUCGGUAUUCUGUCUGCUUGCAGAAAUUGCCAGAUGAAUUUAUGUCACACACUCUUGUGGAUGUGUUUUUGAAAGUGAAGUGUGUAAUGAAUUAUCUUUGAUGCUUUCUUGCUGUGGAAUUCUGACAGAUUUUUACUUUCACCGUCCACUAACAGUGGUGAUAAUGUCAUGUUACAUCUUAAAGAAGGUGCUGUCGGGUUUAUUAUUUUGUGUUUUAAGUGACUGAAGAGUUUCGGUUGUUUCAUUUAUCAACGCAGUGAAGUUAGCUUUGGUUCGGAGAACCGCUGCAUCCUCACAGCCUGUGGUUUGGCCUGCUUGUCUUUUGUUGAUCAUCUGAUCAUUGGACAAUUUUUCAUUAAGAAGAUGAGUUUGUUGAGUUUAUUCAGAAGUUUGUUGGCGCUGCAGGUGUGACAUGAUAAAAACCAAAUGUCUGACUUUCUCAGAGGAAGAUGUCAGUGCAGGUUCCCUAAAAAGUUCAUUUCCGGAGGAUCAAAUUAUUGUUAAAGCUGCCGCCAGCGGGCUGCGUGAUGAUGAUGAAGACGUACAUUUUAAGGCUUUAAGAGGUUUGACAAAAAUAAUUGAAAAGGGAAUAAUUGAUAAGUCAACUGCCAUCUAAAACAUUUCAUUUUUUAUAGUUGAUUUUUUUUACUUCAUCAUUAAUAUUUGAAAAACAGAUAUUGCAUCCAAUCAAAUGUUCUUGCUUUUGUACAUGUGUUUGAAGAUAAUAAAUAAAAUUAAUUGUAUGAAACAUU